GUUGUGACUUCAUAAGGCUGCGCCGCGCUCCUGCCUCUGUUGUUGUUAAUUUGGCUGAAGAAAGGACAAACACACAGAAAAACUCCUCGUGAAGCAACUGAGAUCCACGUGACACUAUUUCAAAAAUGGCGUUUAUUAAAGAGGAGAGUGAGGACAUAAAAGUGGUGUUUAUUAAAGAGGAGAAUGAAGAUAUAAAUAUGGUGUUUAUUAAAGAGGAGAGUGAAGAUAUAAAGAUUGCAUUUAUUAAAGAGGAGAAUGAAGACAUGGAGAUUAAAGAAACAUUCAGUUUGAAACAUGAAGACACCGAGGAACAAACAGACCUGAUGGCACUGAAAGAAGAGAGUCAAGAACUGAAUGAAAUGGAAGAGAAAGAUCAUGAUUUCAUUACGGGAGAAAAAUCCACACAGACUAAAAAGAAUUCCUCACAAAAAAGAGCUCAGAAAACCAUAUCUGACAGUUGUUUUACCUGCCAACAGUGUGGACAGAGUUUCACUCAAAAACAAAACCUUAAAGUCCACAUGAGAGUUCACACUGGAGAUAAACCUAUCGCCUGCCAACAGUGUGGACAGAGUUUUACACGUAAAGGAAACCUUUAUGUCCACAUGAGAAACCACACUGGAGAGAAGCCUUUCACCUGCCAACAGUGUGGACAGAGUUUUGCACGUAAAGGAAACCUUAAUGCCCACAUGAGAGUUCACACUGGAGAGAAGCCUUGCACCUGCAAAUUGUGUGGGAAGAGCUUCUCACGAAAAGAAUGUCUUACGACUCACAUGAGAAUUCACACUGGAGAGAAGCCGUUUGUAUGUGGUCAGUGUGGAAAGAGUUUCAGAUGUAAAGAAAACCUUAAUCAGCACACGAGGAUUCACUCGAAAGAAAAACGUUUCAUGUGUCAUCAUUGUGGAAGGAGUUUCAGAAACGGCCAUCACCUUAAGAAUCAUGUAAUAACUCACACUGUAGAGAAGCCUUUCACCUGCCAUCACUGUGGAAAGAGUUUCAAACAUAAAGGAAACCUUAACAUUCACAUAAGGCUUCACACUGGAGAGAAGCCUUUCACGUGUCCUCAGUGUGAGAAGAGUUUCACGUAUCGAAGAGAUUUGAAACGUCAUUUGCAAACUCAUUUUGGAAUGCAACUGUAGUGUUCUGUAUGUAGUAAAAGAUUUACAAAAAAAACAGCAGUUUCAGAAAUUACUUGCUUAUUCACUUUGGAAAAUGACCAUUUAGUUUUGAUAAAUUUAUAUAUAAAAAAAAACACUCUGAAAAGUCACACAGUUGUGAGACCCGUGAAUUUACUACUGUACGUUUUUGGUGAUGUUCGAAUAGUGUAACAAGUUAAUAUUGCUGGUUGCUGCAUUUUUAUAUUUAGUAAUAUUCUUCAAAAGAAGAUACUAGUAUCAUGUUACUACCAAAACCAAAAGCAUCUUAGCUGGACAAAUGCUGCACCUCCAAAGCUAAAGUUUAAUGAAUGAGGCCCAAUAACUUCACUAUAAGAUGGAAGAUUGUGUAUAGACAUUUUUCAUUGAUACGUUUGUCUUUCCAUGGAUGGAAUAAAGGUAUGCUUCGUAUUAAAAGAUAUAAACCUGUA